AUGUCCUACCGAGAACUCCGAAGUAAGGAAUUCGUGAGUACCCAUCUGUGAUACUUUCUUUCAGAUCUAUGUGAGAUGGCACGAACAUUGAAAUAUCCGCGAUUGCUUUCUAUCGAAAACUUCAGGAAUCCAAACUUCAAGUUGGUUGCAGAGUUGUUACAAUGGAUUGUCAAAAAGUAGUUUAACACUUCACAAUUCCAAUAAAAAUGAGUUCUUCUUGGAGGUUUGAUCCUUCUUCAAACCUAAACGCCCAGAACAUCGAAACAGAGCAAGACCGUGUGAUGUUCAUCAAACAAGCUGUUCUUUUGCUGCUUCAGAACUCUCGUCUCAAACUGAACCCCAAAAAACUCUACCAAGUACGUUAUUUUCGAGAUAUUUCCCUUUUGACUGAAGAGCCUUUUUAGGCAGACGGAUACGCGGUACAAGAGCUGAUUCCUGCGCUUAAAAUUCUCUACGAUGCUUCAAAAGGAACCGAGGACUUAGAAAGCGUCGCUCAGUGGAACAGUAUCAAGCAGAAAAUCUCCAGCAAGGUAUUCAGAAAGGAAGGAGAUUCAUACAAAUUCUAAAAUGAAAACUAUUUUGAACAGCAAGAAGGCAGUCCCCUUAAUUUUGUAGAUGCAAGAAGUUCGGAUAACUCGGCAACUCUCGGCGCAACUUCCUGAAACGGGAGCUGCCCUCAACGAUCUGCUCACGAAACAGAUUUAUUUCGCGGUUAAUUUUCUUGGUUACUAUCUUAUUUCAAGCAACAUUUGCAGAAACAACGCGAUAGAGCCGCCUCCAGGGCAAUCGCUCUACCGGAAGCUGAAAAAACUGUACAGCAAGCCAUCUCCGCCAUCACGGCCGAGUCGGACGAAAUCUCAGUGGGAAUAAUAGAUUUUCUUGAACAAAAAGGACUUUUAGAGUCGACUGAACAACGUCGCUAGCGAUGAGGCCGAAUUGGACGAGAAAAUCGAGAGGAAGAAGCGAGAAUAUGAACAAAUGCAGAAAAGACUCGCCAAACUUCAAGUGAGUCUGUUGAAAAACUUUUUUCCUCAUUUCUCUGUUUCAGUCUUUCCGUCCUCAGUACAUGGACGAGUAUGAAAAGUACGAGGAGCGGCUCAAACAACUUUACACGGUUAGAUCAACCUCGUUUAUAGAUAUCCCUUUCGAGAAAAUCUAAUGCACUUUGUAUUAGGUUGGCAUGAAAGAAAUGCGGCUCCUUUUUGUUGGCUUCUAAUUCAUCCAAGAAGCAAUAUUAUUUGGAACGGUAUUUUUCGUCGAAAAGGGCUUGUCCUUGUGCGUCAUUGGAUAUAUAGUUUGCUGACGUUCAUUCCGCCUUUCUAUAAGAAAAAUAGCUUUGAAAAGCGUCCUUCCAAAAACUGUAUUCGCGGACCUAGUUUUCGCGUUAUUUCAAAAAGUACAAAUCAACUUCAGAGCUUGGCCCCUUUCAAUAUUAUGAUCUCCAUUGAUGCUUUUUUCUGAUAGUUAACAUUUUGAAUUGCUUUAGCGCUAUUCACUAGGCGAAAAGACCUUUGAAAGCAAAAAACACGAAAAAAUCGACGAUAAAGGCGAUUUUGAAAGAAAAAAAAAACAGUUUUUUUACGCAACGGAGUGCAAAAAAUGAGAAAUGAGAAAUGGCUUCACAAUAUCGCUUUUUUUUUUUUUUGCGAAAAUGUGUUAGCCCAAAAUCAGAAAAAUUGUUGUGCGAAUUUCUGCUUUUCCGCUACAAUGCUCAGACAUGGCUCUUUGCAUUUAUCAUCUGUCCGAAUCAUUGGAUCGCUAAAUAGCCAAAAAAAAAAAUCGAAAAACUCUGAUGAAGUCCAAAAUUUGGGCGUGCAACUUCUAUGACCCUUAGGCGGCCCAGUUUGUCAGAGAGAGCAUUCAUUCUCUGCGUGAGCAUUGCUGACAAGGUACUAAUACAGAUAGAAAUUACAUUUCGAAUUGAUUUGUGAUAACCUUGUUUUUAUGAUAAAAUUAAAUGACAUCAAAAACACGCAUUUCUUUCCUGCCACCCUAAUAGAACAAAAAAGAUGACGAAUUGAGACUUCCAGAGGACUUAUCUUUCUAUUUAGUAACAAAAAUUAAGGUUUAUGUCACCAACUACCGCAACCUGUCGUACUUGAAAAAGGUUCACGACGACUUGCAAACUGCCGAUCGACAGAAGCAGGAUGAAAACGAGAGAGCGAUGAGGAUAGCCGUCGAGAAAAUGAGGAUUGAACAGGAAAAGAACAGCACGUGAGUCGAACCGGCUGAACUGUCUGCGCUCUCCUUCUUACUCUCUACGUUGAUUUUUUCUAGGGCUCAAACGGUGAGAGAAAAGAGCACAAAAAGCCAAAAAUUUACAACUUGUGGUAAAUGAACAUAGUUAGUAGAGAAUUUUUUUUGACCCUCUAUGUCUUUUCUGGUUCAAUAUAACCCUGAACUCAAAACCAAAAAUACUUAAAUUUUAUAUCCAGAUAUAGUUUAAGAUUUUCUGAAAAAAAAGAAUUCCAGACUGGAAAUGGACGACGAGACGGAGGCGCCGUUGGUCGAACGAAAAGGUAACGUCAACCUUGAGAUGGAGCAUCACUGUAUCGGGUUCUAGAGCGAAAAGUCUUCGGCAACAUGAUGGACGCUGGGAUGUCCGACGAGGAAGUCGACGAAGACGAAGACAACGUUCAAGGCGGCGACAGAAGCGACGACGACGGCCAUGUGGUAAAUGGAAAUCUCAAUUUAUUUGGCAACUUUAAAUUUUAAUUUUGUACACAUACACAAAUAACAGUUGUCUUCCACGUUCAACGAGGAUCUUGCGAAUUCGAAAAUGUUUUCAUUAACAAAGAAAUUACAACAUUUUUAACUAAUCUUGAAUACUCUCAAUGUUUCACUCAAAUUUUAGUUCACAAAGAUUUUUCUCUUUUUUUCCAGGCUUUGGACAACGGAGACGACGAAAAGAUGGACUUGAGCAGUGGAGACGACUUUUGA